AUGAGAGAAGCAGCUUCCACCGGCCCCUGGCCGGGUCAUCAUGAUCGAGAACCUAGGUCACAGGAACGCUGCGACAACCACAUUGGUCGGCCAACGGUGGCUUCUUAUGGGGACAUAUUAUCGCAGAGGUGUGCUGGCUCAAUUCCAGUUGUUCAGUCGAGUGGCUCGAUUGCAGACCGGCCAUUGUUGCCGUUGUUAACUCUGCUGAACCGGGCUGCGACAGAAGCCCUUGGUGAGGAUCCGUCUCGAGAGAAAGCAAAACAGACCUGGUGUCUCCGUGACAGCCAAUCGCCAACAAGGCAGGCGAAUGCGGCAGGAAUUCAUAGGCAGAACUCCCGAUCUGAAGGUUAA